AUGCCGAGAUUCCUCGUCCUUCUCCUUCUGCUAGCCGCAACUCUCACCCUGGCGAGAGCUGUCGAGCAACGCGCGCUCACGAGCGUCACAUCUAUUGCCAAUUUUGAUCGCUUUGCCUGCAGCACACCAAACAAACUUGGAUUCGAGGUUCGUCAGAAUGUGAGAACAUACCAAGUCUUCUUUGGCAGAAUGUAUCUGUUAGAGCCAGGACUUGGUAAUGGUUUGGUGCCUGUAGGGGUCGCACCGUCAUCGGGUCGAAAUGUUGCAGCAUAUAUACAAACCACUGAUCCUUUUGUCGUCCCUUUCAUCACAAUUCCUCCGGGUAAAACCAAUGUCACGUCCUUCGAUGUGGCAUCCUUCAACUUUGGAUGCGUGUACGGACCCGGUGCCGGCUCGGCAAAGGCCUUGUCAGUCUGCAUCGUCACAGUCUUCGGUUACAACAACGGUCGAUGUGUGACCAGCCAGAAGCUCACUUUCCAACCGGGACGAACGACAAAUGCGAAAAUGACCAAGGCUCAGUUGAACUCCGCGUUCAAAAAUCUCGAUAGGGUUGAAUUUGCGACAACCUAUCACAGUACGGUCAAACAAGGCGGAGCCACUUAUAUUGACGAUGUCAAAUAUACGGUUCACGAGCGAUGA